CUCCUUCGAGCCUCCCUUCUUUCUCUCUUCUCUCUCUCUCUCUCUAGAAUCUCAGAGCUUUCUUCCCGUCGCCCAUUGUGAAUUAAACUCUCCGGUCUUCGUCACAGGUUGAGUGAGCAGGGUUGAAGGAGUAGUGUGGGGCCGGAGUUUGGGAGAGUGAGAAAUGGCUGGGGCUUCUAGUGAGGAUUCUGGAGCAGGAAGGUCUACAGAGAGAAUUUCAAGUGGGCAGCGUUGCCUCUCUGGGGAAGCACUAGCAGAAUGGCGGUCAUCUGAGCAGGUGGAAAAUGGAACCCCAUCUACUUCGCCACCGUAUUGGGACUCUGAUGAUGAUGAUGAUGGUGGCCUGAAACCGUCUGAGCUAUAUGGAAAAUAUACCUGGAAGAUUGAGAAGUUUUCUCAGAUUAACAAAAGGGAACUUCGUAGCAACGCAUUUGAAGUUGGUGGCUACAAAUGGUACAUUUUAAUCUACCCACAAGGUUGCGAUGUAUGCAAUCAUCUCUCCUUGUUUCUUUGUGUAGCUAAUCAUGACAAACUUCUACCAGGUUGGAGUCAUUUUGCUCAAUUUACCAUAGCUGUGGUGAAUAAAGAUCCUAAGAAGUCGAAAUACUCAGAUACAUUACAUCGAUUUUGGAAGAAGGAGCAUGACUGGGGGUGGAAAAAGUUUAUGGAGCUUUCAAAAGUACUAGAUGGUUUUAUUGAUGCCGAAACCGAUACUCUUAUAAUAAAGGCUCAAGUUCAAGUUAUCAGAGAGAAAGCAGACCGACCGUUUCGCUGCCUUGAUUGCCAAUAUAGGAGAGAACUUGUUAGAGUAUACUUGACAAAUGUAGAGCAAAUCUGCCGUCGUUUUGUGGAAGAGAGGAGAAGCAAACUCGGAAAGUUGAUAGAUGAUAAAGCUAGAUGGUCAAGCUUCUGCUCAUUCUGGUUGGGAAUUGAACAAAAUGCUAGGCGCCGUAUGUCCAGGGAAAAGAUGGAUUCGGUUCUGAAAGUAGUGGUUAAGCAUUUCUUUAUUGAAAAAGAAGUCACAUCUACGUUGGUAAUGGAUUCAUUGUUUAGUGGUUUAAAGGCUCUUGAAGGCCAAAAUAAGUGCAAGAAAAGUAAGGUGAAAUUAUUGGAUGCUGAGGAAAGUCCUGCACCUAUUGUUCGUGUUGAGAAAGAUAUGUUUGUAUUGGUGGAUGAUGUUUUAAAGCUACUUGAGAGGGCUGCUGUUGAACCUUUACCUCCAAAAGAUGAGAAAGGUCCUCAAAAUCGUACUAAAGAUGGAAAUUCUGGUGAGGACUUCAAUAAAGAUUCUAUUGAGCGAGAUGAAAGACGUCUAACGGAAUUGGGUCGUAGGACUGUUGAAAUAUUUGUUCUUGCCCAUAUCUUCAGCAACAAAAUUGAAGUUGCCUAUCAUGAAUCUGUUGCAUUGAAGAGGCAAGAGGAGCUCAUCCGUGAGGAAGAAGCAGCUUGGCAAGCUGAAACUGACCAGAAGGCAAAACGUGGAGCAACUGAGAAGGAAAAGAAGUCGAAGAAAAAACAGGCAAAACAGAAAAGAAAUAACCGGAAGGGAAAGGACAAAGGGAGGGACGAAAGGCCUGGCAUAGCAAUACCAGAGAAACUACAAGAACACCCUAUUGAUGAACUGAAAGUCUACACGAGGGAUGAGGAGCAACCUGCGGUUCAAAAGACAGAUACAGUGGAAGAUGUAUCUGACGUGUCUGAUUCUGUAGAUGGUGUCUCUGAAGUACCUCAACCUGAUUUUGAAGACAGAGAUGCUAGUCCAGUCAAUUGGGACACCGACGCUUCCGAAAUCCAUCCUCCCACAGAACCCAGUAGCAGUGGAAUUAGUGGUCUCUCAUCAGUGCAAAAUGGAGUUUCAGAUAAAAAGAGCCCAUCUGUGAUGGAUGAUAGUUCAUCAACAUGUUCUACUGAUUCGGUCCCAUCAGUGGUAAUGAAUGGGCCAUAUAAAGGGAACUCCUUUUCCAAUUACAAAAAUCAAAAAUCACCUAGCAGGGGGAAACAGCAUUGGGGUAAGGCAGCAGGUGAUGGUAAUAACCGGCCAAAUGAGUUGGAUAAUCAACCCUCUGGACCUGUUGCAGAUACGGGAAAUCAGAAUGAUGCCUCUGGAAGUAGUAAGGUGGGUGAAUCUGAGUCUGAGCCAGCUGCUCGCUCAUUGCAGGAUCGGAUUAAGUGGUUGGAGCAGCAUGUGGUUAAGAAGGAGGAAGAAGUCCUUUUGCCGCAGCAAAAAUUGAGCAUCAAAGAUCAGGUUGAUUUAGAAAGACCUAUGAGAGAGAAGACAUCAGCUGUGACAUCUUCUCCUGAAAGCCCUUCCAAAUUUGUGUCAUCAACUGAUCGACCAAAGUCGGAGGGCCAUAGUAGUGCUGUUAUUGAUUCUAUUUCUCUUAAGAAAGCUACCUCAGUAAGCAUGCCACAGACUGGCAGAGUGGCUUCUUCGACAGUGUCCCCCCAGAGUAAUGGCAUGUCCAAACCUGAUCCUCGAAAGACUGCAACUCCAAAACCAGCUGAAAAAGCCGCGGCCCACCAAGUACCCAUGGUGUCUAGACCCUCCAGUGCUCCUCUCGUUCCUGGCCCCAGGCCACCAACAUCUACUGUGGUUUCUAUGGCUCAAACAUCUCCCCUACUUGCCCGUUCAGUGAGUGCUGCUGGUCGAUUAGGUCCUGAUCCAUCUCCAGCAACUCAUAGUCAUGUACCCCAAUCAUAUAGAAAUGCUAUACUUGGUAACCACGUUCCAGCGGGAUCAACAGGUUUCACACAUGCCAACUCCCAGAGCUCAACAGUGAAACCAUCUCCAUCAUACUCACAAUCACCAGCCUUGGUAUCUACCCCAAUGUUCACACCUCAGAGUUCUGAAGUAACAGAUACAAACACAGUUAAUUCUGGCUUUCCAUUUGGCAUGGUAACUCGGGAUAUGCUGCAUAAUGGACCACAGUGGAUGGAGAAUUCGCGAAGGGAACCAAGCAAUGGUAUGAACUAUGAUCAUUCGUCCUUGCUUAAUGAUCAAAGUUUUGAUUUCUACAAGCCUUUGCAUGGUGGCCAAUGUGAACAAUUCUCCACCGAGUUCCCGGCUGGUACAUCUAGUCGCCAGACCCAAGGUGUAUCAACAGCAGAUGACUUCCCCCACAUUGACAUAAUCAAUGAUCUGCUAGAUGAUGAACAUGGCUUUGGGGGAGCUACAGCAAGUUUGGGUUUCCACUCCUUCAGCAAUGGGCCAAACCAUUUAAAUCGUCAGUAUACCUUUCCUGGUGAUUUGGGCACAUCGGACUCUGCAACCAGCUCUUGUAGGUUUGAGCGAACACGGAGUUACCAAGAUGAUGGGUUCCAGAGAGGCUACAUGUUAGGAGGCCAUUUUGAAUCACUUAGAGAAUUUACCCCACAAGCUGGUGCUCUACCUUAUGUGAACGGGCAGAUUGAUGGGUUAAUUCCUAACCAGUGGCAGAUGGGCAGUUCAGAUCUAUCUCUACAAGGCAUGAGGAAUACCGACAAUGAUGGUUACCCAUGCUACAAUCCAGAUUAUUCGAAUAUGGCAUGUGGCGUGAACGGUUACACUGUAUUCCGGCCUUCAAAUGGUCAGUGAAGAGAGUGAACAACGGAGUCACCCCACAAAUUAGUGGGUGACAGUCCGUUGUAAUAAUGUAUCUGAGGAAAUUAUCGGGUCUUUACAUUUGGAGCGAGGUUUUAAUCUUUUUCGUAAGAAAACAUUUUGUAAAGAGUGUUUCUUCCAGCCUUUUUCUUAAGUUAGAAAAUGAAGCUAUAAUGUUCCCUGGGGUUUUGAGGUUC